GACUAAGCCCUGCAGCCAAUGAAAACGGAAAGAGAAAAGAAGGCGGAGCUAAUUGCAGAGUAAUUCAAUCAGUGUACACACACACACACACACACACACAUUAUAUAUAUAUAUGGACAUGUAUACAUCCCCACGUCUCAAAACUCAGAAAGUUCCCGAGGAUUAAAAAACAGAAAGGGAAAAAGGGAGAGAAAACUAACCGGGAAUUGAGUUGAUUCCUUUAUUUUCUAUCCAGGGACUAAUUCUACACUCUUCGUUUCAAAAGGGAAGCAAGUUGAAGGGUGACAAUAAGGAUUUUUCCUGUUGCUUUCUAAGAUCUGGAAGGAAGAAUAGAAGCAGCCAGCAAGAAAAACUUCGUUUGCAUCCUGCAGAAAAUCCAAAGAGUGGAAGAAAAAAAAAUAUAUAAAGGGGGAAAAAAAUUCUAUUUUUCAAUUAUUUCUCUCGGCAACUCAACUCAAAAUCUCUUCUCGUUUGAUCUGAUUUUUUUUCUUCUCCUCCUCCUCUUAAUUUGGGUUAAGUUUUAUCAACUUCGGGUUGGCAAACAGCAAAGAGAAGACAGGAUUACGGUGACCUUGAUUCUGAAUUUUAUUUUGCAUUUGUCCCUGGGGCAAUUUUAAUACGAUCGGGGAUCUCUUGAUUUAAUCCUGGUUUUUCUCUGACAAAGGAGAGAAAUUUGGGGGGUAUCCCUUCCUUUCUUCUGAAGUUGACUUUUUUUAAAAAAAAAAAAUAUCCAUGUUUCUUCUGCUGCUCAUCCUCUGUUUUAAUCCAGCUCGGUCAGCAACCCAAAGGGGUCCUUUGACCAGAUACGAUGAAGAAGUCGUUUAUCCUGAAAAACUGAAUGCCACUUCAAUUUUGGGGGGUCAAGACCCAGCUGGCACGUUUGACAAUGAAAAUUCCCUCGAUUAUCACAUGGAUCUGGACCAACAUCUGUCCUUUCGACUGCAGAUGUUUGGGGAAGAGCUGACCCUCCAUUUAGAGAAAGACCCCAGUUUUUUCUCCAAGGACUUGACCGUCCAAUAUUUGGGCAGAUUGAGGCCGGAGGUGGACACUCCAACCGAACGUGGCAACUACUACACCGGGACAAUCAAUUCGGAUCCGGAAUCGAUCGUGGCAAUCAGUUUUGACGGGGCCUCUUUGAUUGGGGUGCUGCAGUAUGGGGGUACCGAGUAUCACAUCCAGCCUCUGAGAGGGGGGACCCCAAACAUGGAGGGAGGAACCGAGGCCCACGUGGUGAGGAAGAAGAUGUUGGACAAAGGGGAUGGGCCCAUGUGUGGGGUUGGUGCGCAGGCGCCGGAGGGCGCGUCCAGCGAAGAAGGAAAGCUAUGGAAGAAAAUGGAUGCAUCUCCCAGGAGAACCAAGCGCUUUGCGUCCAUCCCACGCUACGUGGAAACCUUGGUGGUGGCGGACGAAGAAAUGAUGCGCUUUCACGGCGCCGGGCUCAAACCGUACCUUCUCACCAUCAUGGCAGCCGCUGCCAAGUUCUUCCGCCACCCGAGCGUCCGGAAUCCCGUCAACCUGGUGGUGACCAGGCUGGUGGUGAUUGGAGAAGCCGAGGACGGGCUGAGGGUCACCUCCAAUGCGGCCGAGACCCUGCGCAAUUUUUGCAGCUGGCAGAAAGGGCUGAACAAGGCCAGCGAUAAAGACCCCGAGCAUUUCGACACGGCCAUUCUCUUCACCAGACAGGAUCUCUGUGGACGCUCCAGCUGUGGGACCCUUGGCAUGGCAGAUGUGGGCACAGUCUGUGAUCCGGCCCGCAGUUGUUCCAUUGUUGAGGAUGAUGGGCUCCAGUCAGCCUUCACUGCGGCCCACGAAUUGGGCCACGUCUUCAACAUGCUGCAUGAUGACGACAAACACUGCAAGGAGCUGAACCGUCACAGCAGCACCCGCCACAUGAUGGCCUCCGUCAUGUCUCCCGUGAAUCCCGACGAGAUGUGGUCCCCAUGUAGUAGCCGCUUCAUCACCGAUUUCUUGGACAACGGACACGGUUCCUGCCUUUUAGACAAGCCCCACGAACCGCUGAAGCUGCCCGCCGUCUUCCCUGGCAGCAAUUACAACGUGGACCAGCAAUGCCAGCUCAGCUUCGGCACCGAAUCCCGCCACUGUCCCAAUAUGCACUCACCCUGCUCCUCACUCUGGUGCACUGGCCAGAUCAAUGGGCAGUUCAUGUGCCAGACCAAAUAUUUUCCCUGGGCAGACGGGACUCCCUGCGGGGAAGGGAAGAGCUGUAUGAGCGGGGAAUGCAUCAGUCACACGCAGCUGAAGGCCUACAAUAUUCCGACCCACGGAGGUUGGGGCUCCUGGGGGCCGUGGGGUGACUGUUCCCGCAGUUGCGGCGGUGGGGUCCAGUACUCGACCCGGGAAUGCAACAAGCCAGUUCCCCGGAAUGGGGGCAAAUAUUGCGAGGGGAAACGGACUCAGUUUCGUUCUUGCAAUGUCCGGGAGUGCCCAGAUGGAAACGCUCUGACCUUCCGUGAGCAACAGUGCGCCGUGUACAACCACCGAACGGACAUGUUCAAAGAUUAUCCCGCGCCCAUGGACUGGGUCCCUCGUUACAGCGGUGUGGCCAAGCGCGAUCAAUGCAAGCUGACUUGUCAAUCCCAUGCUUUGGGCUACUACUACGUGCUGGAGCCAAGGGUGGCUGAUGGGACGCCCUGCUCACCAGAAUCUACCUCGGUCUGUGUCCAGGGACGCUGCAUCCAUGCCGGCUGUGAUCGCGUCAUCGGAUCCAAGAAAAAGUUUGACAAAUGCAUGGUGUGCGGUGGAGACAACUCGCAAUGCACCAAAGUCUAUCGCUCCUUCACCAAGCCUCAGUACGGCUACAACGACGUGGUCACCAUCCCUGCCGGAGCCACCAGCCUCCUGAUCCGCCAGAUCAGCAGCUCGGCGACGGCCAGCGACGGCAUCUACCUGGCCCUCCGCCGGCGAGACGGCUCCUACGCCCUGAACGGCAACUACAUCCUGAUCCCCUCCGAGCAGGACGUUCACCUCCGCGGCGGCGUCACCUUGCGCUACAGCGGGGCCACCAAGCCGAUGGAGAUGAUCACUGGCCUGGGACCCCUGAAAGAGCCGCUCACCUUGCAAGCGUUGGUGGUGUCCGAUCAGAAGACCCCUCGCCUUAAAUACACCUUCUUCGUCCCCAAGCCCACCAAACGCCUCUCCAAUCAGUGGCUGAAGCAGAAAGCCCGAAUUUUGGAGGUGCUACAGAGUCGGCGAGGACGCAAAUAGGACGCCUUGGCAGGAGGAUGUGGGGCAGGGGGUCUCAGACUCUUCCCGUUCCCCCUCCCCACCUUGUGGGAAAGGGGGAAGAAGUUUGCCCCUGCCUCUAUUUGCCAAGAGGACCCCUCCCUCCCGUUGCAAGGGACCCAGGGCCGAAAAACUCAGACUGCUCGGCAAAGGCUGGAAUUAAGAGGGGGGGGGUCUUCCUGUUUUCUCGGCUUGCCACGGACAAUUAGUUUGGACGUUAAGCGAAGCAGGAGUCAGAUCUGGGACCAGGGAACAGGGAAAGGAAAGACUAUGAACCGGCCAGGAAUUGUGGCGAUGGGGCUAAAAUUUUUAGCACUGAUUUCUUAGGCUGAAAUAAUUCCCUCCGGAGAGAUUUGUGGGGAAGAACGUGGGAAGAAUGGACGGAAAAGAUGAAUGGGAAAAAAAACUUUUCAAAAGCCAAAAAAAAAAGGGGGGUGGGAAGGAGAGGAAAAACCACUUUGGGAUUUGGUGGAACAAAAAUAUCAAGAAGCCGAAGAAAACGGAGACCGGACUUGCAAAGUCGUAUCCGAGCUCUGUCGUGGAUCAAUUCCGUGGACGUUUUGAUGGUUCGUCUCCGGCUGUUCCUGUAGUAUAUUUAUUAUUUCAUCUAUUUAUUUGUCCUUUUGGGGAAGCAGAGAGGAGAUCUGGGGAAAGGGGAGAGGCGAUUGGCCACACACAUUUUUGAGAAUCAAGCAGGUUCCUUCGCGCUCGCACGACUUGCUCGGUGGUCCUCGACUUACGAGCGCAAUUGAGACCAGCAUCUCCACGGGUCUAAGCAACAUCUGACGAGCGGCAUACUAUUUUAUGGUCUUUUCGGCCAGGGUGGAUAAGCAGAUCCCUGUGGUUCUUAAAGUGAAUCAGGCGGUCGUGAAGCAAAUCCCGCUUCCCGCACGGACUUUGCUCGUUAGAAGCCGGCUGAUGGCGCUCACGGGAUCCCGGGAUGCUGCGACCGUCGUAAAUAUAUACCGGUUGCCAAAAGCACCCCAAUUUUGAUCGUGGAGAUGCCGCGACAUUCGUUAUGAAGCGCAAGGACUGGUUAUAAGUCACUUCUUUCGCCGUGAUGUUGUAACUUGGGACGGUCGUUAAAUGGAUCGUUGUAAGCCAAGGACCACCUGUACUUUACACCCACCCGUUUCUUGGGACGGCCAGCAAAGGCGUCUCAAUCACUUUGUCUACCUCAUUCUUGGGAGUAAUUCCUCCUCUUUUCAUCUCUUCUCCUGCUUCUAAGAAUGUUAUUCUGUCCUCGGCCGGUGGGCGCCCAUCUUUCCAAAGUCCGGCCUACAUCUAACUUCUCCAGACAAAUUGCAGACCUGGGGUAGGACAUCCCGUCCCAUCCCUUUGAGGAGCAAGGGUUUCAAUCGCGCCAUGAAUGGAGGUCCUUCAACCCUACCGUGCUCUCCAGACCUGGUUUCUCAACCUUGGUACCUUGAAGACUUCACCUCCCAGAAUUCCCCAGCCAACCUGUGUCCUCUUCUGGGUCUCAUAACCAGCUGUGCCUGUUGACCUGGGAGCCCACUUUGGAGGUCAGCUUGGGUCAAGCUCCAUUCUGGCUCGACCUCAUUGACGUCCUCCUGGGAAAUUCUGGGAGUUGACGUCCUGCCCUUCUUCAAGAUGGCCAAGGCUGAGGAAGACGGAUCCAGGGGGCUAGGCGGAGAUCCUUUGCACCAUUGAUCCAAGGGGUUGGGUCUUGGGAGGACCUCCAAAUUGUAGGAGAGCAAAGCAGUGGAACAUCUGGAGAAGAAGACCUCCAAUGGAGUGAAUUAGCUUUGCAGGCCAACGUCCUCUGCUCACAUUAGACUAAAAGAAGGUGGAGGUGGAGGGCCAAUUCUGGCAGUUGAAGUCCACAAAUCAAUCUUGGCAGCUGACCAUGCCUUACCUAUUUCUCACCUCCUUCUCCAAGACAUUGUCCCACCUAAGCACCAGCUAGAACUUCUUCCUAGGAGAGUCUGAUGCUUUCAAAAAAGGAGGGUCUCUUCUCCCCAUUUUUUUUUGGGGGGGGGAGCGAUAAGGCAGGACACGAUACCUUUCCAAGUUCUUCUUUGCUAACCGCUCUUCAGCCUGACUUGAUCUUCUCGCGGUGGUCCCUAUCCCAGAAAAUCUCCCCAAAAUUUCCCCCCUGGAGGGGUGGAUCUAUUUAAACCCUCUGUAGAAUCAGAGGGGAACCUUUUCAAUGGGACCCUCCAGUUUUCUCCCGUGGCCAAAGGGAUCGCUGACCGAAGUUAAUUUAAUUAAGUUAUAAUUUAACGGGCAGCAGCCGAACGUCGCCUGAAGCUCCGAGGCAAGUUCCCCGGGCCAGGAGGCAGGGCCUGUGUAUCCAUUGGGUUAAUAAGCAUUAUGUUAAUAUUAUUAAUGAUGGUUUAUUAAUGGUUUGUUGUUGUUUUUCUAAAAAGCAAUAAAAUGCUGCUGGUUUUAUUUA